GCUGCCCCGUUCUGACUGGGCCAAUGAUUUCGGCAAGUCCUGGUGGAAAGGGUCGAAUUAUCAGGUGGGGCGACUGUCUGCCAAGACCCGGAACAUCCGUAUUAUUAACACACUCACAUCGCAGGAGCAUACACUGCAGAAAGAAGAAAAAAAAAUCCGGCUCCACUUCUCAUUUAAAAGAUAAGGGUGACAUUCGGCUGCUGCCUUCAACAUUGGGUGUGAAGAAGAGAAAGCGAGGACCCAAGAAGCAGAAGGAAAAUAAGCCAGGCAAACCUCGGAAACGCAAGAAGCUUGACAGUGAGGAGGAAUUUGGCUCAGAGCGAGAUGAGUACCGGGAGAAGUCAGAGAGUGGGGGCAGUGAAUAUGGAACUGGACCAGGUCGGAAACGAAGACGGAAGCACCGAGAAAAGAAAGAGAAAAAGACAAAACGGAGGAAAAGGGGGGAAGGAGAUGGGGGGCAAAAGCAGGUGGAACAGAAGUCAUCAGCAACUCUACUUCUGACCUGGGGCCUGGAGGAUGUGGAACAUGUAUUCUCUGAGGAGGAUUAUCACACACUUACCAACUACAAAGCCUUCAGCCAGUUCAUGAGGCCCCUAAUUGCUAAGAAGAAUCCUAAGAUCCCAAUGUCCAAGAUGAUGACCAUCCUUGGGGCCAAGUGGAGAGAAUUCAGCGCCAAUAACCCCUUCAAGGGGUCAGCAGCUGCUGUGGCGGCGGCAGCAGCAGCAGCAGCAGCAGCUGUAGCGGAGCAGGUGUCAGCUGCUGUCUCCUCAGCCACCCCCAUAGCACCGUCUGGACCCCCUGCCCUCCCACCACCCCCUGCUGCUGAAAUCCAGCCCCCACCCAUCCGAAGAGCCAAAACCAAAGAGGGCAAAGGUCCAGGCCAUAAAAGGCGGAAUAAGAGCCCCCGAGUGCCUGAUGGACGCAAAAAGCUUCGAGGAAAGAAGAUGGCACCACUCAAAAUCAAACUGGGGCUGCUGGGUGGCAAGAGGAAGAAGGCAGGCUCGUAUGUUUUUCAGAGUGAUGAGGGCCCUGAACCAGAGGCUGAGGAGUCAGAUCUGGACAGUGGUAGUGUCCACAGUGCUUCAGGCCGGCCUGAUGGCCCUGUCCGAGCCAAGAAACUGAAGCGAGGCCGACCAGGAAGGAAAAAGAAGAAGGUUCUGGGCUGUCCUGCAGUGGCCGGGGAGGAGGAGGUUGAUGGCUACGAGACGGAUCACCAGGAUUACUGUGAGGUGUGCCAGCAGGGUGGGGAAAUUAUUCUGUGCGACACCUGCCCUCGUGCCUACCACCUCGUCUGCCUUGAUCCUGAGCUUGACCGGGCUCCAGAGGGCAAAUGGAGCUGCCCCCACUGUGAGAAGGAGGGGGUACAAUGGGAGGCCAAGGAAGAAGAAGAAGAAUAUGAAGAGGAGGGAGAGGAAGAAGGAGAGAAGGAGGAAGAGGAUGAUCACAUGGAGUACUGCCGUGUGUGCAAGGAUGGUGGGGAGCUCCUGUGUUGUGAUGCUUGCAUCUCCUCCUACCACAUCCACUGUCUAAACCCUCCCCUGCCUGACAUCCCCAAUGGUGAAUGGCUGUGUCCACGAUGCACAUGUCCUGUGCUAAAGGGCCGUGUUCAGAAGAUCCUGCAUUGGCGAUGGGGGGAACCACCUGUGGCAGUGCCAGCCCCCCAACAGGCAGAUGGGAAUCUAGAUGUCCCACCCCCUCGUCCUCUUCAAGGGAGAUCAGAACGAGAGUUCUUUGUCAAGUGGGUAGGACUGUCCUACUGGCACUGCUCCUGGGCCAAGGAGCUUCAGCUGGAAAUCUUCCACUUGGUAAUGUACCGAAACUACCAGCGGAAAAAUGACAUGGAUGAGCCCCCACCCCUGGACUAUGGCUCCGGAGAGGAUGAUGGGAAGAGUGAUAAGCGCAAGGUGAAAGACCCUCACUAUGCAGAGAUGGAGGAAAAAUACUACCGUUUUGGCAUCAAGCCAGAGUGGAUGACUGUCCACCGUAUCAUCAACCACAGUAUGGAUAAAAAGGGGAAUUACCACUAUCUUGUAAAAUGGAAGGACUUGCCUUAUGACCAGUCUACAUGGGAGGAAGAUGAAAUGAACAUCCCUGAAUAUGAAGACCAUAAGCAAAGUUACUGGAGACACCGAGAGCUAAUUAUGGGAGAAGACCCUGUUCAGCCUCGCAAAUACAAGAAGAAAAAGAAGGAGCUACAGGGUGAUGGGCCUCCCAGUUCUCCGACUAAUGAUCCUACAGUGAAAUAUGAGACUCAGCCACGGUUUAUCACAGCCACAGGAGGUACACUGCACAUGUAUCAGCUGGAAGGGCUGAACUGGCUACGCUUCUCCUGGGCCCAGGGCACUGACACGAUUCUAGCUGAUGAGAUGGGGCUGGGCAAGACCAUCCAAACCAUCGUCUUCCUCUACUCACUUUAUAAGGAGGGCCACACAAAAGGUCCCUUCCUGGUGAGUGCCCCACUCUCUACCAUCAUUAACUGGGAACGGGAGUUCCAGAUGUGGGCACCCAAGUUCUACGUGGUCACAUACACGGGUGACAAGGAUAGCCGGGCCAUUAUUCGUGAAAACGAGUUCUCUUUUGAAGAUAAUGCCAUCAAAGGUGGGAAGAAAGCUUUUAAGAUGAAGAGGGAGGCACAGGUGAAGUUCCAUGUUCUCCUGACAUCAUAUGAGCUGAUCACCAUUGAUCAGGCAGCGCUUGGCUCUAUCCGCUGGGCCUGUCUUGUGGUGGAUGAAGCCCAUCGACUCAAGAACAACCAGUCCAAGUUUUUCAGGGUCCUCAAUGGCUACAAGAUAGAUCAUAAAUUGUUGCUGACGGGGACCCCAUUGCAGAAUAAUCUGGAGGAGCUCUUCCAUCUGCUCAACUUCCUCACCCCAGAGAGGUUUAACAACUUGGAGGGCUUCCUGGAAGAAUUUGCUGACAUAUCCAAAGAGGACCAGAUUAAGAAACUGCAUGAUUUGUUGGGGCCACACAUGCUGCGAAGGCUCAAAGCAGAUGUCUUUAAGAACAUGCCAGCCAAGACAGAGCUUAUUGUUCGAGUGGAGCUAAGCCCCAUGCAGAAAAAAUACUACAAAUACAUCCUGACUCGAAAUUUUGAGGCCUUGAAUUCACGAGGUGGUGGGAACCAAGUGUCGCUGCUUAACAUCAUGAUGGAUCUUAAGAAGUGCUGCAACCACCCAUACCUCUUUCCUGUGGCUGCUAUGGAGUCUCCAAAACUCCCCAGCGGAGCUUAUGAGGGUGGGGCACUUAUUAAAUCAUCGGGGAAGCUCAUGCUCCUGCAGAAGAUGCUUCGGAAGCUGAAGGAGCAAGGACACAGAGUGCUUAUCUUCUCUCAGAUGACCAAAAUGUUAGACUUGCUGGAGGACUUCUUAGACUAUGAAGGUUACAAGUAUGAGCGCAUUGAUGGAGGCAUCACUGGAGCCCUCAGGCAGGAGGCCAUUGAUCGGUUUAAUGCUCCUGGUGCCCAACAAUUCUGCUUCCUCCUGUCCACGCGAGCUGGGGGCCUGGGCAUCAACCUGGCUACUGCCGACACUGUCAUCAUCUUUGAUUCUGAUUGGAACCCCCAUAAUGACAUCCAGGCCUUCAGCAGAGCUCAUCGGAUUGGCCAGGCCAACAAAGUGAUGAUUUACCGGUUUGUAACACGUGCAUCUGUGGAAGAAAGAAUCACACAGGUGGCUAAGAGAAAGAUGAUGCUGACACACCUGGUAGUCCGGCCAGGGCUGGGCUCCAAGGCUGGCUCCAUGUCCAAGCAGGAGCUAGAUGACAUCCUCAAAUUUGGUACUGAGGAGCUGUUCAAGGAUGAAAAUGAGGGGGAAAAUAAGGAAGAGGAUAGCAGUGUGAUCCACUAUGACAACGAAGCCAUUGCUCGACUGCUGGACCGGAACCAGGAUGCAACUGAGGACACUGAUGUGCAGAACAUGAAUGAAUAUCUCAGCUCCUUCAAGGUGGCACAGUAUGUUGUGCGAGAAGAAGACAAGAUUGAGGAGAUUGAGCGUGAGAUCAUCAAGCAGGAGGAGAACGUGGACCCUGACUACUGGGAGAAGCUGCUGAGGCAUCACUAUGAGCAGCAGCAGGAAGACCUAGCCCGAAACCUAGGCAAAGGCAAGCGGGUUCGAAAGCAGGUUAACUACAAUGAUGCUGCUCAGGAGGAUCAAGAUAACCAGUCAGAAUACUCAGUGGGGUCAGAGGAGGAGGAUGAAGACUUUGACGAGCGUCCUGAAGGGCGUCGGCAGUCAAAGAGGCAGCUCCGAAAUGAAAAGGACAAGCCACUGCCUCCAUUGCUUGCUCGAGUUGGGGGCAACAUUGAGGUACUGGGAUUCAAUACCCGACAACGGAAGGCUUUCCUUAAUGCUGUGAUGCGCUGGGGGAUGCCACCUCAAGAUGCCUUCACUACACAGUGGCUGGUGCGGGACCUGCGGGGCAAGACUGAGAAGGAGUUUAAGGCCUACGUGUCUUUGUUCAUGCGCCAUCUGUGUGAGCCUGGGGCAGAUGGAUCUGAAACCUUUGCUGAUGGAGUCCCUCGAGAAGGGUUGAGUCGCCAGCAAGUGCUGACCCGCAUUGGAGUGAUGUCUCUGGUGAAGAAGAAGGUGCAAGAGUUUGAGCAUAUCAAUGGGCGCUGGUCAAUGCCCGAACUGAUGCCUGAUCCUAGUGCUGACUCCAAGCGCUCUUCCAGGGCUUCCUCUCCAACCAAAACAUCUCCCACCACACCCGAAGCUUCUGUGACCAACAGUCCUUGCACCUCUAAACCUGCUACUCCCGCUCCAAGUGAGAAAGGAGAUGGCAUAAGGACACCUCUUGAGAAGGAUGACACUGAAAACCCAGACGAGAAGUCAGAGAAGAAUAGCAAAAUUGGGGAAAAGAUGGAGACAGAGGUUGAUUCUCCAAGCCCAGCCCCUUCCCUUGGGGAACGACUAGAAACAAGGAAGAGUCUGCUAGAGGAUGAAAUACCAAGGGUACCUGGGGAGAUGGAGACUGAACCUGGGAACAGAGGAGACAGAGAGAAGUCUGCCACAGAGCCAAUGCCAGGAGAAAGGGGAGAGGAGAAGCCAUUGGAUGGACAGGAACAUAGGGAGAAGCUGGAGGGGGAAACAGGGGAUUUGGGCAAGAGAGCAGAAGAUGUAAAAGGAGACAGGGAGCUUCGACUUGGACCUCCUCGAGAUGAGCCAAGGUCCAAUGGACGCCGUGAGGAGAAAGUGGAGAAGCCGAGAUUCAUGUUCAAUAUUGCUGAUGGUGGUUUCACAGAGCUUCACACACUGUGGCAGAAUGAAGAGCGGGCAGCUAUUUCCUCGGGGAAACUCAAUGAGAUCUGGCACCGAAGACAUGACUAUUGGCUUCUGGCUGGGAUCGUCCUCCAUGGCUAUGCACGGUGGCAAGAUAUCCAGAAUGAUGCUCAGUUUGCCAUUAUCAACGAGCCAUUUAAAACUGAAGCCAAUAAGGGGAACUUUCUGGAGAUGAAAAAUAAGUUCCUGGCCCGGAGGUUCAAGCUCCUGGAGCAGGCGCUGGUGAUAGAGGAGCAGCUGCGGCGGGCGGCCUACCUGAACCUGUCACAGGAGCCGGCGCACCCCGCCAUGGCCCUCCACGCCCGCUUCGCCGAGGCCGAGUGCCUGGCUGAGAGCCACCAGCACCUCUCCAAGGAGUCGCUGGCAGGGAACAAGCCAGCCAACGCCGUCCUGCACAAGGUUCUGAACCAGCUGGAGGAGUUGCUGAGCGACAUGAAGGCGGACGUGACCCGCCUGCCAGCCACGCUGUCCCGAAUACCCCCCAUCGCAGCCCGCCUUCAGAUGUCCGAGCGCAGCAUCCUCAGCCGGCUGGCCAGCAAGGGCACGGAACCUCACCCCACACCGGCCUUCCCCCCGGGACCUUACGCCACACCUCCGGGGUACGGGGCGGCCUUCAGCGCCGCACCCGUAGGGGCCCUGGCCGCCGCAGGCGCCAAUUACAGCCAGAUGCCAGCAGGGUCCUUCAUCACAGCCACCACCAACGGCCCUCCAGUGCUGGUGAAGAAGGAGAAGGAAAUGGUGGGGGCAUUGGUGUCAGACGGGCUGGAUCGGAAGGAGCCCCGAGCCGGGGAGGUGAUUUGUAUAGACGACUGACUGGAUCCCAGGCCUGCCCUUCACCUAGGCCCCGUUCCCGGGGCCGACCCCCAUCUCAGGCCUUGGGGUCUGCUGCCAACCCGCCACCUUCCCCACCCCUUGGGCCACCACUGGGCUAGGAGCCCCUUUGCCCCUCUAUAACUCCUCUCUUCAAGAAGGGCCCCUAUCUCUCUCCACCUCCACACACCUUUCCCACCAAACUUUGAAGACUGUGCUGGUGUGAAGAGGACUGGGUGGGAGAUGGCUAGCAGGGCCUUCCAAGUACCUUUAUCCCUCACCACCAAAUAUACACCACUUCCCAAUAAAUGAUUGUUGGGAGGAAAGAGGUGGAACCUCCCCAGUCUCUUUUCCUGCAUAUCACCUCCACCUCUGCAAAAGUGGGGGAUUUGCCUUGCCUGGCUUUUAGGAAUUUCUGUGGGGAAAAAAAAACUUCAAAGAGGAGGGGAGCUUGAUUAUAGAGGGAAGAAAAUGAGCCCUGGGAGAAAGAAGGGAAGAGGAGGGGUGGCUGCAUGUUACCUUCCCCUUCCUCUCCCAAAAUGGAGGGUGGAGCAGCUACAGGGGAGGGAGUCCGUUGCUGUUCAGCCUCAGAAUAAAGGCGCCAUUCACUGGCUCAGUUACCUCCUGUGUACCAGCAUCUUGUGUUGGGAACCUUCUCCCCUCCCUAGGGACCAAGGACCACUCCCACAACAAGUUAUGGUUGGGAGAUACUCCUUCAAGCCAAAGAGGAGCUCCCCAACCUAUUCUAGGAACCCAGGUAACCUAGAAAGGGUGGGAGAGAAUACAGAGGGCCAGACAUGGGGGGGGCAGAACCCCAUACUGGGGCUCAGGUUUCUGGGGGACUUAUAUCCUCCCUCCUCAAGGCCUGGAUACAGACUAAAUUUGAGUAAGUCAGGCCAGGGGCCUAGUCAGGGGACUACCUUGCCUGUGGGAUCAGAACAACAUAGUUGAUAGCAGGCUAGGGAGAUGUGGGCACAUUCCCCCUCCAAGGAGGGGCCAGGGAGUGGCAGUUUGCAUGGGGAAUCCCCCCACUUCCUCUUUGCUGCCCCUUCACUUUCUUGCUGCCCCUUUCCCAGUCUCUUCACACCCACUCCUGGUCUGUCCCAAUCCCCUCUUCUGUAUCAGGUUAUUGGUUGUACAUAUAAAUUAUACUUUCCUUUC